AUGAAACUCACCACCAUUGCACUCCUCGGCAGUUUCGCCUCCAGCACCCUGGCCGCUCGCGGGUUCAGCUUCGUCCCUCGCAAUGCCAGUAAACCCGACGUUGGCCAACAGGUCCUCGACAAGGCCAUGACUGCAGCUGGAGUCCCGUACGCCUGGGGUGGCGGCUCCUGCGAUGGGCCGUCCAAAGACCAGCCACCCUACCAGUACGGGGAUGUCGGAUACGAUUGUUCUGGUCUGGUGUGCUGGGCCGUCUGCCAGGUCACUGGGCGCGAUCUCUUCACCGAGGGGCUGCGCGUCACCUCCGACAUGUACUGCGCUUCGGAGAAAAAGCUGGGUUACAAGAAAUACCCCUACGAGGAACGAAAGCCAGGUGAUGCCAUCUUCUUUGGAGGCGAGUGUGAUUGCGGUGAUAGCAGCAGCAUUCAUCACGUGGGAUUGAUGAUGUACGUCUCAUUUCUUACAGACGCUAUGUCUCUGGCUAAUCUUGAUAGUGACUCGGGCGAUCGUAUGUGGAAUGCUCCUAACGACCGCGUCAACCAGGUGCAGGAGAAUAGCAUCUCCAAAUUUGGCGAGACCCCUUGCCCUUCUGUUAUUCGGUUUACUUAA